AUGUCUCCGUUAAAGGAGCUAAUUUAUCAUUCCGAAUUUGAAGAGAUUCCAUGUGUACACUUUGCAUAUUUCCCUGGUGCGAUCAAUUGUUUAAAAUUCCUCCAAGUAUUCAUCUGUAGCUCCGAUUUGUACUCCGAGUUUUAUUACCAAUUAUCUCAAGUUUGUCAACAAAUACAAUCUCUUACUAUAAGAUUUAAGGCGAUCUUCUCAAACGGACUAAAAGAUUUGAUCUAUUUACAAAAUAAUCUGGAGUUUCUAACCUUAACUCAUUCUGAUGGCUGGACGAACGCUACGGAUAUUUCACCCUUAUUUACAAAACAUUCCAACAAUUUAACCAAAUUAGAGAUACGCGGGGACUUUCCAUUAAUGUUUAUUUCUAUAUUUACAAAUUUACAAGAAUUAAUCUUAUCCCCUUUUGGUGAUCGUAAGGAUUUACAAUAUGUGAUCAUUCCACAAUUAAAGACCUUCAGAUUUUCGUAUGGAUUUCCGGAACCCGAAUACCUGUCAAAAUUCCUAGAAAAUAAUGGUGGCAAUUUAGAGGAACUUUAUCUUAAUGCCAGUGAGGAUUCAUUAAAUUCAACGAUUGCCAAAUUUUGCCCGAAACUCAAAUUACUAUUUACAAUAUUUAUGGAAGACGAAUUAGAAACGUUGAAAGGAAUUUUGAAUGGUUGUAAACUUUUAGAAAGUCUCAAGGUUUGGUGUGGCGAAAGGUAUUUAAAGGAAGAACAAUUGUUGGAGAUUGUUUCAAAGUAUUCACCAAAAAAUUUUUACGAGUUAAAAAUAUUUUAUAUAUGUAAUGUGGGGAAAGAAUUAUAUCCGAAGGAAUUAGAAUCUUUUUUUAUAAAUUGGAUGAAUCGUACACCACAACAAUUACUUUCUUUCGUUAUUAUCAAAGGAUAUAAUAGUUCAAAUAGUUUGAUGGAUAAUAGAGGAAAUUUGGAAGUCGUUGAAAAGUAUAGAUCGUUGGGUAUUUUUAGAAAAUUUAGAGCCGUAACGUUUGAAGAAGAUUAA